AUGGCUGUCAAUGGAAGAAUAUCGCACAAACAUCGAAAACAUCACAAUCAACAAUUUUUGGUUAUGGAAAAACGUACGAGAAUGAAGCGGAAUGUUAUUUUCGAGGAGAUUAUUGAAUUUAAUGCAACAGAUUCACCUUAUCACAUUUUGAAAAAUAUUACCAUUAAUAGUGAACAAAUUCUUAAAAUACAUGCUGGAACGGAUAUAAUUUUUACUCAAAAUACAGGCAUUAUUGUAUACGGAACUCUACAUUUACUGGGUCAACAAGAUAAUCCAAUUACAUUGAAAAGUUCUAGCCAUGCACCAUGGCUUGGAAUUAUUCUCAACCAGGGCGGUAUUAUUCAUGCAAACUAUUGCAUUCUAAAAAAUGCAGCGAUUGGAUUAAAUGUUAGUUCAUCAAAUAUAGCAAUUAGAAAUAUGCAAAUCAUACGACCAAUCUCUACUGGUAUUUUAAUUACAACGGUAUACAAUGGUACUUUUGAUAUGGGUGAGUCAAUUAUAUUGCAAUCACGUGGGAAUGGUAUUCGAAUUCUAAAACGUCAACACAUACAGGAUGUUCUGCUUCUCAGAAAUGCUUUAAUAAUGGAUUGUGCUGAGAGCGGAAUAGAUUUUAUGGAUCCGGCUGGUAAAAUAAUGCUACAAAAUAUUGUGUUAGAAAAUAGUGGCUCGUUCGGGAUUCUUGUUGCGCAAAGAGAAAAGAACGAAUUAGAUUCAAUUGUUCUUAGUAAUUUAACAAUCCGUAAACAAGAACGAGGCAGUGGUGGUAUUCUACUCAAUUUGAAAUCCUAUAAUUUACUUUAUUUAAAUACCUCAAAUUUUAUUUCGAAUAUUCUUCCGUCUGUUAUCAUAUUUUCAAAGUGCUCAUUAAACGGUAAUGAGGAAAAGAUGCGGAAAAUGUUAAUUGAAAAGAAUGGUUUCUUGAAGAACGAAAAUUUGGUAAUGCGUAUAACAUUGGAAGGCUGUGAGAAUGCAAAAAUAGAACGAAAUAUUUUUAUUGGAAAUAAUGAAAUUGAACGAAAAGGAGUGUUGGCUAUUUAUGUAUCGCCGCAGGUAAAUGUAAAAUUUGGUCAAGCUAUUGAUGUUGCACAAAAUAUAUUUCUGGAAAAUAAGGGAGAGUGGUCAUUAUUUGCUUCAGCGACAAAUAUGAACCAAUUUAAUGGUACAAUCCAUAAUAAUCAUUUCAAUGGAAAUCAAAACUAUCAUAAUUCGCUAAUCGUUAACACUCCUCAUUUUCAAGUGAAUGAUAAUAAAUUUGAACAAACUGAUGCUGAUAUAAAGCAUGCAUACAAAGAAGCACUGAAUGCUAUGGAGAAUAACUGGAGAGAUAAUAAUCUGCUCAAUGCCGAAGAAAAUGCUUUUGAAUUGAGUGGUCAGAGUUUUUCUUCUUCAAAUAAUAUCAUCAGCUUAACUCGAAUUAAUUCAAUUAACCGAAAACGAGCUGCUAAAGACUGUUUGGCUGUUUCCAAUUGUUCUCACAAUGGGCAAUGUAUCGGCUUAAAUGUUUGUCAUUGUAAUGUGGGCUAUGUAGGACCUGAUUGUUCGCAAAUAUCAUGCUUAGCGUUAAAAAACUGCUCACAAAAUGGUUAUUGCAUAGCACCAAAUAUUUGCAAAUGCUUCGAUGGCUGGCAACAACAGGACUGUUCGAAGCCAACCUGUCAUUUAGUAAAUAAUUGCAGUGGGCAUGGUACUUGCGUAUCGCUUAAUGAAUGUGAUUGUGAACCAAUGUUUGAAGGUGCUGAUUGCAGUAAACAAAUGAGGAAUUGUUCAAAUACAAGUUGCAACAAUCAUGGCUUAUGCAUUAAUAAUGAAUGCGUUUGUGAAACCGGUUGGACAGGAUCGUUUUGCUCGAAAGCACUUUGUGAUCAACUAAAUAACUGCUCCGGUUCCGGUACUUGUGUUCGACCUCAAUUAUGUGAAUGCUUACAUGGAUUUACUGGAGAUGAUUGCUCCGUUUGUGAAGGUCCAACCUGUGACCUUUGUAAUGCUGAAUGUAUUCACGGACGUUGCAACUCGAAUACAAGAACUUGCAUAUGUCGUGGUGGUUGGACCGGUCCAAACUGUGACAUUUGUGCCAGUGAAAAAUGUGAUGUAAUGUCAGUAGUGCUAUAUGUUUUGCCGACAGCUGCCGGAAUUCAUCAGAAAGACGAGAAUAUUUUAGUUUACGGCAAUGAUUUACCAUUCGUAUCAUCAAAACGUUACACGUGUUUAUAUGGUAGCACAGCUGCCGAUGGUUUCUAUAUUUCGUCAUCGUUAGUACGUUGUACCAUUCCGAGUUCAGCCUUGCCAGGCCGUUAUUUAUUCAAUAUCAUUCCGUAUGGAUCCGAUAAAGCUGUUCCAUUUCUUGACAAACGUUUGAUUCAUUUUACCUUAUACAAUGAAUGUAAUCAAGCAAAGUGCAAAGGUUAUUGUUUAGGAGCAGUUUGUGUGUGUCCGGCAGAUCGUGAUGGUGCAUUCUGUGAGCAGGCAAAAAUUUUACCAAAAUUGAAUCGUGAAAUUUUAAGCAAUGAAAAAUUGAUACAGGCUGUGGAAGGUGAACCAUAUACUGUCAAAAUGCCUAUUCAGCACGAAAAUACGAUAUUCAAUGUUGAAACAGAUGCAAACGGAAUGAUAAUUUAUCCAAAUGGUAUGGUAUUUUGGUCACAGCCAAUUGGACGUAUCCAACCGUAUACUGUAAAUGUUACCGCCACUUCGCUUACCGGUGGCUCUAUGAUUAGUUGGAAUUUAAUGGUUAAACCGAUAUAUACACCGGUGAUAACGAAAGUUGAAAAUGUUGAUGACACAAAUAUGAAAGUGAUUAAGGGAACUGUUAAUCACAAUGCAAAACUUAUGGGUAAAGUUCCGAUAAGAAUGUUGGUUUAUCAAAAUGAUAAGCUAAUAGAGAAUGCUACAGCAAUAAGUACGGCUGAUGGUCAUUUCAAAUUUAUACAUUAUCCAUUCGAUGAAACAAUAUCAACAUCUGUGGUUGUGGUACAUCCCGGAGCAGCAAAGCCUGAUGCUGUCACAUCAUCCAAUAAUGUGACAUGGACUACACCUACCUUUGAUAUUGAAUAUACUCCUAAAAUAAAAAUGCACCCGGAUGAACAAAUUGAUGAAGAUUAUCAGUUAACAAAUAAAGGCAGAGAAGUGCUUCUCAAUUGUCAAUUGGAAUUAAUUGCACCACGUGAUAAAAUACAAAUUACAAAAUAUGAAAAGAUAAUAAAAGGUAUAGCAGUUGGUGAAUCGAAGUCAAUGAAAGUUACAUUUGCUGCUGGUAGCACUCUCGAUAAUACAACUCUUAUUCUACAAUUCAAAUGCGUUGAUACAUCAAAGAAAUUAGUUAGACAACAAAUAGAAGUGGAACGUGAAAGAUCAAUGUUUGUAUCAUAUCCAUCAGAGAUGCUUGUUUCCAUUCCAUCACAAAUACCACCAAAGAUUAUUACGGUUGAUAUUGUAAAUAAAGAAGGUUAUCAAUUUGUCAGUGAACCACGAAUUUUUAUUCGACCUGAUUAUGGUUCUCUAUUUCUGAUAUCUACCAAGCCAUCAUUGCAAAAUAUCACGGAAUUUAACAAUCCAGAAUCCACACUUACACUUUUUCUCAGCUAUCGAUCGAUGCUGUCAGCUGAAACUAUGAAUUGGACAACUACUGGUGACUUGAUUUUAUUCGAUGGAAAUAAGGAAUUAUUUACGGUAGAAUAUCGUAGCUAUGCAACUUCGAAUUUAUUUGAUUUUCAAAUAACAGUAAUGGAUGAAUUGAGUGCAUUGGAUCCAACUCAUAUUGUCGAUGAUGCGGAAAUAAUUCUCCGGAAUGAAGCACUUGGCUACGAUUAUAAGAGACAUACAAAGCCUGAUGCACCUGUUGUAUUUUUUUCGAUUAUUGAAGGAACUUAUCAACUUACUGUUAAAUCUCCCACUCAUGUAACAGUCAUUACAAUUAUUCAGCCAUCAUUUAUUAAUUCCUCAUUAGCUAUAUUUGCUCCAAUUAAUUCACCUUAUUCUCCAAUUGUUGAAGAUGGAAAAUUAUUGCUGGAGGAAAUUGAUAAGCAGCGAAAGAUAUCAUUUCCAAAGCUUCAUUUUACACCAUCCAUAAUAAUGAUACCUGUAAAUGGCACAAAGGAAAUGAAUUUAUUGAUAAGCAGUGAUUUGGAUGGUCCAACUGAUAAUGUUGCUAUUUUACCUUCUGUUGAAAUUCAUCAACAACCUCUUCCAUUUAUCUUUGCAACGGCUGAUCUUAGAAAUGGAUUGGGUUUGGGUGAUGGUUAUCAUAUGAAGUAUAAAUUAUCGCGUGUAUCAAAUCAUACAGGAAAUGCAAUUGCAUGCACCGUUUUUGCCUUACAAAUUCCAUACAUCUAUAUGGUACCAAACUCGAUAUCAAAUUAUAUACGAAAUGUUGUGAUAUUGGCUGAUAAUAGAAAUAAACCGAAUGAUAAUGUCCAACUCUGUGAAGUUGGUUUACAAACUGCGCCAAAACACGCAUCAAUUUGGACCAAAACAACAAUUUACUGUAAUUGCGCAAUGAGAGGGAAGGAGCGUUGUCGUGUACAGUAUGUAUCGGCAACACCGUGUGGCACUACUUGGAAAUACAUUCCGGAUGAUACAGUAUCACUGCAAACCACUGCAUUAUUUAUUGUAAUGAUUGCAGAAUGUCGUGCAGCUGGUGUUAACUUUGAUAAAAUCAAACAAUUUCUUGCAUGUGCUUCUUUAUUGAAUAAUUAUUGUCCGAUAUCACAGCAACAGCGAUCGUUCAGUAAAAACAAAUCCUCAUGGGAAAGUCAACAACGGACACAAUUUUUUGAUCAGCUUGCUAUGGUAAACGAACAUGCAGGUGACAUAUUGCAGAAAUAUUUCCCGAUCAUGAAAAUAUUAAAAUCACAAACGGUAGAUAUAGUCGCUCUAUAUGAGGCGUUUUUUGAACGACUUAACAACUUAUUGCCAUUCAAGCAUUUCGAAGAAAUCAAAAACAAGCAGUGGUUCAAUAAAUUUUUUGAAAGUAUAUCUGAGUCAUCGGACAAUGGGCUUGCAAUUACUGAGACGGAAUUCGAAAAAUUAAAAGGUGAGAAAGGAGGCGCAAUUUUGGCACAUCGUUGGAAUGCUACAGUUAUCGAAUGGUCUAAAAUAUCGAGUCUCCCCUCUAAAGCAAACAUUUCGGGCAUGAAAUUCACAGAUGCUCGAGAACUGAUUAUUAGUUCGGAUCGAUUGAAAACACUUACAAAACAGUACGGUGCUGAUAAUCCAUUCGCAUUGCUUCACGAUUACAUGGGAAAAUUGUUGUCAUGGAGAUCAGAAAACAUGUCCAAUUCACAGCAAAUUUUGAAAUUUGAAAAUGAUUAUGAAGAUAUUUGCGCUUAUGCUUACACUCUGAUAACACCCGAAAAACCAUAUGAAAAUAGUGAAUUUCAUAUUCGAUUAAAAGUGAUCAACAAGAAGGAGAAAUCAUUGGAAUCUGUAAAAGUAACAUUAGAAAUGAUUCAAAGUCAUGCAUCAGAUAGUGAUGCAGUACCCAUGCAAUUUCGAAUUGGAACGGUUAUGCUCAAUGGAAUUAGCAGCAUUGAUCGUACUUCGAAUCUGCCACCAAAUGCAUCAUUUGUUGCAAGUUGGAAUCUGAAGCCAGUCAAAAAUACGCGAUUAAUUCAUGAAACUGAAUAUCAGCCCAUUGUAAUUUUGAAAUUUACACAAAAUGGUCACAGAAGCGUACAGCGAAUAACAACACAAACAGUGAUAUUUCAACCUCGACCAUCAUUGAAAAUUUAUUACUUCAUUUCAAACGUAACGCAUUCAAAAAUUAUACAAAACACAAAUGCAUCUCAAUCUGCGUUUAACGUGAUGAUCGCUUUUAUAAACACGGGUUAUUCAAAUCUCACGAAUGUUAAAGUUGAGGAAGUUAGAAUAUCUGUCUUAUCGAAAGAUAUCGCGAAAAAUUUUAUACCUUAUCAAAUCAAUGGCAUUAUCAGUGAUAGUGGUAGUGGUGUUGAACAAAGAAAUCUUUCCGAUUUGCAUUUCACAAUUGCAAAUAUCGAAUCCGGAAAAACUGUUAAUGCUAUGUACAAUAUUACAACUGAUUUUGGACAGGCAAAAUUUACUUUUAAUUCGUUAGUCAAAGGAAUAAUUCGUGAUUUCAAAAUGACAACUUCGAUAAAUGGCGAAUUGAUCAAACUUGAAGACACACAAACUUUUACUAUCCAACAAUUCAUUUCACCAACCAAAUUUCUGGUUUCACUUCAAACUAAUUCAGCUUCAUUGUUUUACUACGAUAUGCAAAAGGCUGCAAUGCGUACCAUUGCGCCAUUAAUUUUUGUUAAUGUAAACGAAAAAAAUGGUGCCAGUGAUGGGAAAUCUUUUCGCCAACAAAUUAUAACAUUUCGACUCAAUGAAUCACAACGACAGCCAACAUCAUUUUAUGGACGAAUUCCAUUCCCAAUUGAUUUGGAAAAUGAUUUCGAAGUACUUCGAGUGAAUCAGAUUAGCAAAAAUAAUGCUCUAAAGCUUGUUGAUCCACGAAAUAUUUGGAGCUCAAAUCAUGAUCAAAAAUUUGUUCAUUUUAUCGAUGACAAUCUAUCAGAAGCGCCUGAAUUCAUCGAAUAUGAAAUCAUUUAUGGUAAUACGGAGCUCUUUCUUCGUCCACGUUUCGAAUUUCCUGUUUACAAUGUUCCACUUGUAACUGAAAAUUGGCCACAUGUUGGCGAUGAAAUUGCUCGUAUUAUGGCUAUUUCAGCAAGUCAAUCAACUAUUCGUUAUGAACUUUAUUCAAAUUCCAGUGAAAUGAAUGAUUAUUUUGGUAUAAAUCCUGAAACUGGUGUGAUAAGCUUAAAGAAAGAAAUAAAGCCUGCAGAAAUAGAAAAUAGUUACUGUGCUACAGUUCAAGCAGUUGAUGAAUAUGGACGCUCUGAGACAGCUGUAGUGACCAUUGGAUUUGAUGGUUUUAUCAGAGAAUGUCAUAAAAUCAUCAAUUUUAAUGGCCUUCAACCUCUUAUUUAUAUUCCUUCUCAAUUUCAUUUCGUAAAAUCUACCACUGAAAUGAAUGUAAUUAAUGGUAAUGCUAAGCAUACUUCAGAAUUACCGAAACUGUAUCGCUUAUCGUAUAUUACAACUUCCUUACUGUCAUCAACUUUACUUACAACAAGAGCAAAAACCGCUGAAGCAGAAACUUCCGAAAUUGAUGGAUAUCGAAUAACGCCUUUAGUAACAAGGAAACAUGAAUAUACGAAAUUGAUUGCUACACAAUCAAUUUUUGAUUCCAACGGCAUAUUUAAUUUAACUUCAGAUUCGAGCAAUACUUUUCAAUUAUCUUCGACUGUUGCUUUAGAUUCCAGAGCAGAUUCUGAAUCAGGCCUAAGUGUUGUUUUUGGUACAAGUUCUGAUGCUGCUGCUGAUGCUACAGAAAAUGAUCUAAAUGGUCCUUUUUUUCCUAAUGAAUUUGGUAGCAGUAGUACCGAGAGUGUUAACUUCUUCACAGGUAAAUCAUAUAAGGAGCAUACAAUUAGAAGUACGAAAGAAGAUAUGUUGGCAUCCCAUCAAAAAGUUCAAGGUAUAUUCGAUAGAACCAGUGAGGGAAGAAUUACAUCGAGUGAUAGCUUCAGUUCUCGAAUUGAAAAUGGGAGAAGUUCUGAUGAACAAUGGUAUAAUACCGAUCAGCGAAAUGACAUUCCCACUGUGACCAUAACUGACCCUUAUAGAAUAUUCAAUACAAUGGGUCAAUCUGAUCUUUCAUCUGAAUCAAGAAUUAGCACUGUUUCUUUUACACUUAUUAAUGUAGCAGCUACAAAUGAUAGUUCCAAAAUUAUCAAAUAUUCCAAUAAGAACUUGACUACAGAAAAUAAUGCAUCAAAUGAAAGUUCAACAGAAGUUCCAGAAUUUUAUUCUUUAUUUCCAACCAAAGCACCAAUUAAAAAAAAUCUGUUUUCGGCUACUGUAUUGUUGCAUACGACAGUAGCACCUAAUCAUCAAACUGUCCGGCGUACGGAAUCAAUCUGCAAUAUUAGCGCUACAAACACUACCUAUUUUAAUUCACCCAAUAGUCAUGUAGAAGCAAUAUUGCCAUCUUCAGAAACUAAUAGAGAAUCAAUCAUUACAGGUAAUACAACAAUACGGAAUAAUGAUUCAGUGAACUAUCAAUCGCAGGUGACAUCGUUCCACAAAAGCACAUACUACAAUAUAAUAUCUCCAAAUCUACAAGUUACAGAAUUCUCAGGACAAAAUAAUACGGAAAUGUGGAAUAUUCAACCUGCAACUAAAAUUCCAGUCACUCUUUCUUCUGGUGAAUUAUUGGUGAAUUCUGAGGAUAACGAAAAUAUUUCAAAGAUGGCUUGUCGUCUAAAAGAUACACAACCUAUUUGGGGACUCAUUUGUGAUCUUAGCAAAACAUUAAGGAGUAUUGAAAAGCCAAAAACAUAA